CUCCUCUCAGUCGGGUGUGGUGCUGCCUGCACCGCCAGAGCAUCAACCUGCAGAAUGGAGGAGCCUCCAGGGAAAAGAUCUGAGCCUUGACCGCGAAAACUUCUUUUGGCGACCCAGCCUUCCUUGCAUCUGGGGCUCCGAUGCAUCUGCCAAUCCAUCGGAUUCAGAGAUCCGUGAUUGUCACUUUAAACUGGAUUUACACUUGGGCUGCAGCCGAGCGAGCGAAAUCCUCCAAGUGGAGCUGAUGGUUCCCAACUUCUCAAAGCUCUCCACUUCAGCACCUUCCUGCAAGGAUUGAAAGAGGAAGGAAGGAAGGAAGGAAGGAAGGAAGGAAGGAAGGAAGGAAGGAAGGAAGGAAGGAAGGAAGGAAGGAAGGAAGGAAGCCACUGGAACAGGAGGAGAGUUUUUUUUUUUCUGUCGGGGUGAGCCUCCCUUGAAAUAACUGCCAUCCUCCCUCAGGAAGACCGUGCUGGAAAGAGAGUGGAUUAUGGCUCUACAGAAGCAGAUGGAAAGUUGACCUACUCUGCAGGGUUGGUUUUCUAAGGCAGCCCCAAGUGUCAAAAGGAGGAGAAAGGAAAGAAGGAAGCUACUUGCUGAGAAAGAAAAAAAAAGAAUAGGUGAAGAUCUGGAGAGGGAGUGGUGCCAUCUUGAUCUGCAAGGGCUUAUCUUUACCCCGAUGAUUUUUUAAAAAAUCCCUUUUUUUUAAAGGAAGCUGAGGGAAUAUUGAGGCUAUGCCAGCACCUCCUGUGUGAAGCUGCUGAUUAAUCUGCGCCCACCGUAUAUUCUAGCAGAAUAAGAUUUGGGCAUGAUAUUGUGAUCCUCCUGAGAUAAUCCUAAAAAUUGCUUCUGCAAAGCCCUCCCCACCCCGCCCCCUUCUCUCUUGCUCUUUUUUUUUUAUUUCUCCAUCUGCAAUGUGAUCAGAAGAGGAGGAGGAGAAGGAAGAGGAAGAGGGAAAAAAGAAAAAAAAGAAAGACAAGAAAGCACAAGCAGAUCCAUCUUCCCUGUUCCAGGAUGCUCACUUCUAAACCUCUGGAGGGAGAAUAUUGGAUUGAAGGAUCCCGGAGAGAAUCGGCUUUGCAAGAUUUCUAUCUCAUGGGACCGGAGCUGGGCAGGGGGGCCACCUCUGUGGUUUACAGCUGCGAAGAGAAAGGAUCUCAGGUCCAGUAUGCUGCCAAAAUAUUGAAGAAAACGAUUGACAAGAAAAUUGUCAGAACUGAAAUUGGAGUUUUGCUGAGGCUCUCCCAUCCAAAUAUCAUCAAACUCAAAGACAUCUUUGAAACCCCCACAGAGAUCACACUCAUCCUUGAGUUGGUGACAGGUGGUGAGCUGUUUGACAGGAUUGUAGAGAGGGGAUUCUACAGCGAAAGGGAUGCAGCCCACGUGGUGAAACAGAUCCUGGAAGCUGUCUCCUAUUUGCAUUCAAAUGGAGUCGUCCACCGUGACCUCAAACCAGAAAAUCUUCUCUACGCAGAUCUCUCCCCCGAUGCGCCACUCAAAAUUGGUGAUUUUGGUUUAUCUAAAAUUGUGGAUGAGCAAGAUACGAUGAAAACUGUAUGUGGCACACCAGGAUACUGCGCACCCGAAAUUCUCCAUGGCUCACCAUAUGGCCCUGAAGUGGAUAUGUGGUCUGUAGGCGUCAUAACAUACAUUUUGUGAGUAAUGCUAAAAUACUUUGACACAAAACUCCUGUCGCUGUGAUUUGCUCCCUCGCAC